UGAACACCAGCGCGCUUCGGUGUGAGAGAAGAAGGAAGAAGCAGAGCUGAAGGAAGAAGACGAUGUCCUUGCCUAUUUCAUAUUCCAUCGAUGAGAAGGACCUAGACGACGCUGCUUUGUGGGCUGUGAUCGACUCUACUGCAGCCUCUCACUCCAUCGCCUCCUCAAAGCCCAUCAAGUCUCUGCCUAUCAACUUCCAAUCUCCAUCUGCCCCGAACUCACACCCUUCUUCGUCCCCGAAGCUGCCUCAAAAUCCUAGAAACCAGCCCCGCAGUCACAGAUUCCCUUCUCCUAACGCACAUCGAGACUCAUUCGUGGCCAAUCACCGACCGCACAAGAUGGCCAGGUCUUUACCCUCCGAGAUGAGUGAGACCACUAGUCCUCUUGUUCUGGUUAGGACUGUCCACAAAACUUCGCCCACAAAUACGAUGUUUUCGGCCCCGGAGAGUUUCUUGUCGCCUGAGAUAGGGAGAUCUUGCGAUGUCUCGGAGGCUUCUCCUCCCGGAAGUAGUGGGAGGAGCGACGAGAGAGAUGUUAUGCGGCACAGUUUGUCCGGGAGUUUUCCUUCAGUUUCGUUGUUUAAGGAGUAUCAGAAUGCGGCUAUGGCGAUCCUGGAGAAAUCCGAUUACACUAUGAUUUCUGGGCACCCCUUCAUAAAAAAGACAGGUUGGAGGAAGAUAUCAUUUUACUUCAAUCUUUCUUUUGAAAUCAAAGACAAGACUAUUGAAUACGACGAAAACCACAAUGUUCAGCGCGCCGAGUUUGUAGUUCGGGCAUAUAUGCAAGGUGGCAGGUUUUCGGAUGGAUGGGGUUCAUGUGAUCGACGUGAGAAGAAAUUUAUAAAACCAAAUAAUGAUAUCCCUAGUACAGCAGAAACAAGAGCAAAAAAUAAAGCUUGCCAGGACCUUCUAGGCAUUGGAGAGUAUCGACCAGGUGCCAGCCAAUUUCAGAGUCGGUAAUUCUGGUUCAACAACAAAUGUCCAUGACCAAUGUAAUGAAAUAGCCCACUUCUCCCUGAAAGCAUACAACCCACAUCCAGAAUAGUUGUAAGAAGACAUGAUCCCAAGCGGAUACUUGACAUGUUCCCCCUCUUCCCGGCCCAUCACAAGGGAAAAAAAAAACCAAGAUUUGUUUUAUUCGGUAUCAAAAAUUGAAUAUGAAAAUGUAUAGAAUUCCACCAACUAGAUAUAUAUUCCAUUGGCAAGUGAUUA